AUGAUAAAGAAGGAUAUCUUCACAUUUUUGAGAAGAAAUCUGGAUGCUUCCUCAAAACUUCAAGACAUGUAUAAACGGGCCUCAUUUCUUUCAACUCUAGCGCAGCUACAUAAAGAAAUUACGAACCUAUUUGGACAUAUAUCCUUGGACUUUUCUGAUAGCCUCCAUGAGGACCUCGUGGCUUCCUCUAAAGACCUUCUCCUUCAGCUAAAAGGCUCCAAACAGCCCACAUUAGAGAUGAAUUCAGGACUGGCGGCUCUCUUUGGGUUGACAAUUGCGAUCCUCUCAUCUCUAAUGACAACAUUUGAAAAAAUCAUCGAGCUGAUCGACCGUAACCGUCUUUUCAUUUCCAGUCAGCUUGACAACAUUGAGGCGUAUUUUCCUUGUUCUCAGAAGCUAUUUGUGAACUACUUGCCAUUAAGCGCCGCAAAAUUUCUUUGCGAUCAACUUUCUGCCCACAAGGAUGUAUUUUUAGAAGACCCAUGGGCAUUGUCAGACGUCGUAUUGCUUGCCUCAGAAUUCGACGUUCGUUUGACAGAACUCUUCCCGCUUCAAUUGACCCAUGAUUCAACAGAAAGCGCAAAGAGCCGUCGAUUUUCAAUUCUCGGCCACAUGACGCUUGCCUCUGGCGAGAUCUCCCAAUACAUGCAAAAGGAAAUUCUUGUUCCCUGCUCUGCUACCAAUUUAAGACCAAAUUUCCCACAUAUUCCCGCAUCCAUGCUUUUCUCAGAGGCAGGCGAUUUGCUUAGGGCCGCAGAAAGUGCCAACAGAUUCAUAUUUUUGCCCGUUCAAAGGUUUAUCGAUCUCCUUGAUUAUUUGUUGUUCACUUAUGAGCCAUUUGGAGAUGUUUCUUUGCAGGGUGAAUUGGUCGUUUCAGUGAUAAGGCUUUCCGGCUUUUCAUCCUUGUUUACAUAUAUCGAGCGGCUCUUAUCAAGUGGCGAGGUGAGAGGUCUUCAGCUUUUCUCGUUAUUCGGGUCUCUUGGUCAGCUUUUGAGGCUGCUGGAGGAAGAGUGGCCCGUAUCCUUCCCGAUUGGUCCUUGGCACAUGCAAGGAGUUGCUUUUAGAGGAAAUCGAGACAUUGAUGCCAUCCUCCGCGACAUUG